GCUCCAGCAGAGGAAGAGAAGCUGCGAGGAAUUUAUUUUAGCGCCUUGUCUCCUGGGAAACGUUCAGGCUUCCUCACACUGUAAACUAAUCCCUCUCAGAGUUUAAUGAGAGAGAGAGAGAGAGAAGUACAGAAAAGGAGAGAGUGUGUAGAGGAGAAAGAGGGAGGGGUGUGUUGAGGUCAUUGUGGUAGUGAGGGAGUCGUGCAUUUGUCGGUCUUUUUGGUCUUUUCCCUUUUUUUCCCAAGCAGAGGAUUUGCUGGGAUUUUUUUUUUUUCCGGAUCAGGAUCUUUUCGAGGAAUCCGUGGGCUGUAAACAUGCUGGAGUGUAGAGGAGCAGUCGGAGAUGAGUACAGCCAGAGAGCUCCAGUUUGAGCGGCUGACCAGAGAGCUGGAGGCUGAGCGACAGAUCGUAGCCAAUCAGCUGGAACGAUGCAGGCUGGGUGCGGAGUCACCGGGAGCUGCGAGUGGCAGUUCUUCUGAGAAGUCCCUGCCGUGGAGAUCUACAGAUGUGUCAACCUCAGCUGAUGCCAAGUCUCGGAUGACGGACGGCUCCCAGUCGCCCCCGUUCCGCGUGAGGACCGAGGCAGAGCAACUAUCGCUGUGCUCGCCGGAGCAGAGCUCUCUGCACGAAAGUGAGGGGUCUGUAGGGAACUCCCGCAGUUCCACUCAGAUGAACUCGUAUUCAGACAGCGGCUACCAAGAUGCAGGCAGUUACUACAGCAACCAGAACGCGGGAAAGAUGGAGGUGCGUCUGCAGCACUCGUACCCAGGCACCAGUGCCGCCACCUGUGGGACUCUCUUGAGGAACUCCAGGGCGGAAGGACAGACUUCGGGACAGAUGGUGGGUAGUGUCAGUGGGGUGAUACCUGGCCGGGCCAUGCGGAGGGUGAGCUCGGUACCUUCUCGGACCCAGUCUCCCGCAUAUGGCAGCAGCAUUUCUCCAUCACGCGGGUCACUCAGGGCGUCUCCCGGCAGCGCUUAUGGUUCACCCAUUGUGACGGAGCCCAAGCCUCUUUCCAGCAUCUUCUCCAGCACCACGCUGCCCAGCGCCCAGCGGGCUGGCUCGCCCUUCUCCACACAGAAAAGCUCACCCGCUGCCCUGCGCAGGAUGGGCUCGGCCAACUCCCGCUCCGGCAGUGUCAGCCGCACCACCUCGCCCUAUUCGGGACGUGUGGGAUCUCCACUGAGCGUGGCAGGUGGGGCAGAUGGGCAGGGAGGGUCCGGCUCAUCUCCAGUCCGGUCUGGGAUGACAGCGGUACCGCAGCAUUACGGAUUGACACUGCCCAGGACGCUAAUGCACGAGGGGUCAGAUCCGUAUAGCACACAUUCAUAUGAGAUAUACGAGAGGAUGGUGCCACGGCCGGACAGCCUGACAGAUGGCCUGGCUGAAGACCUUCCAGCAGGUCUACGAGCAUCCUAUGCGAGUCAGCACAGCCAUCAUGGACCCGAACUCCGCUCAGCCAUGUCUCCAGACCGUCACAUCGGACCCAUCUACGAGGACCGCGCCUUCCAGGGGCCACUGUACCGCAGCCCCAGCCAUGUCACUCACAGUACCCUUUACCGGUCACCCUCAGGUGUGGGGAACCUUCAGAGAAGCUCCAGCCAGCGUAGCAACCUGACGUACCAAAGAAGCUCGUACAUGCUGAAUGCAGCAGCUCCGUACUCUGAGCCGUACCGGCCUGGAACCUACCGGCCGUCUGAGGGGUACACCCGGCCGACUGUGGGCAUGGACGACGGAGCCACUCGCUCACCAUCCAUCGACAGCAUACAGAAAGACCCUAGAGAGUUUGCAUGGAGGGAUCCUGAGUUGCCGGAGGUGAUCCACAUGCUGCAGCACCAGUUCCCCUCGGUGCAGGCCAACGCGGCUGCCUACCUGCAGCACCUGUGUUUCGGAGAUAACGGCACCAAGGCUGAGGUGUGUCGGCUGGGUGGAAUUAAGCAUCUGGUGGAUCUACUGGACCACAAAGUCCUAGAGGUGCAGCGGAAUGCAUGCGGUGCUCUGAGGAACCUGGUGUACGGAAAAGCCACAGAUGACAACAAAAUCGCUGUGAGAAAUGCUGGGGGUGUGCCUGCUCUGCUCCGCCUACUGAGGAAGACUGUGGACGCCGAAGUACGAGAGAUCGUCACAGGGGUCCUGUGGAAUCUGUCUUCCUGUGAUGCUGUUAAAAUGACAAUCGUGCGUGAUGCCUUAGCGACUCUGACCAACACUGUGAUCAUUCCCCACUCGGGCUGGAGCAGCUCGUCCUAUGAGGACGACCACAAGCUCAAAUUCCACUCGUCACUCGUUCUGCGCAACACCACAGGCUGCCUAAGAAACCUGAGCUCAGCGGGUGAGGAGGCCAGAAAGCAGAUGCGCUGCUGUGAGGGACUCGUCGACUCUCUGCUGUACGUCAUCAAAGCCUGCGUCAGCACCUCAGACUUUGACAGCAAGAUUGUGGAGAACUGUAUUUGCACUCUGCGGAAUCUCUCGUACCGGUUGGAGCUUGAGAUGCCACCCUCACGCCUGAUAGCCAAUCAGGAGGUAGACGGGCUUCUGGGCUCAGAGUCACCCAGUAAAGAGGCCGACUACAGCUGCUGGGGGAGAAAGAGGAAGAAAAAGAGGAAGAGUACCCAGGAGGAGCAGUGGGAUGGCGUGGGGCCGAUUCCUGGUUUCUCCAAGUCUCCUAAAGGUGCUGAGAUGCUAUGGCACCCUGCUGUAGUAAAGCCUUAUCUGACCCUGCUGGCUGAAAGCUCCAACCCUGCAACACUAGAGGGCGCUGCUGGGUCCCUGCAGAACCUCUCCGCUGGCAACUGGAAGUUCUCAGCAUAUAUCCGUGCAGCUGUGCGGAAGGAGAAAGGCCUGCCCAUCCUUGUGGAACUGCUGCGGAUGGAUAACGACCGCGUUGUGUGUUCCGUAGCCACGGCACUCAGGAACAUGGCACUGGACGUCAGGAACAAGGAGCUGAUAGGGAAGUAUGCGAUGCGGGACUUGGUAAACCGGCUGCCUGGAGGAGGCACCACUCUGCUGUCUGAUGAGACGGUGGCGGCUAUUUGCUGUACGCUUAACGAAGUCUCCAGUAAGAACAUGGAAAACGCCAAAGCUCUCGCUGACACGGGCGGCAUUGAGAAACUCGUCAACAUUACCAAGGGGCGUGGAGAGAGGUAUUCUAUGAAAGUAGUAAAGGCUGCAGCUCAGGUGCUCAACACACUGUGGCAGUACAGAGACCUGCGAACCAUCUACAAGAAGGAUGGUUGGAAUCAGAACCACUUCCUGACUCCUGUGUCCACUCUGGAGCGAGACCGCUUCAAAUCCCAGCCUACAUUACCCUCAACCUCGCUGCAGAUGUCUCCAGUCCAUCAGACAGCAGGCAGCGCAACGUCGUCUCCGGCUAUGCUGGGGAUUAAGGAACAGCGCUCUGAUUACCAGAGGACACCGUCAUCUAUGCAAUUUUAUAACUACCAAGGAGACAACAGUGUACAUAAAACCCCCUACACAGGGUCGGCAAAAACGUCUCCGUUUUAUAUCAGCUCCUAUUCCUCGCCCAGGAGGGAGGAGGCCAGGAGAGGACAGCCCAUGUACUACGCUGAUGAGACGAGUCGGAGGAACUACGAAUCGUAUCGGAUGUAUCUGCACUCUCCUCAAGGCUAUGACGACCCCUAUCUGGAGGAUGCAGUGCAGUACUCCACCGCGGACUACGCCACACAGCCUCACGCACUCAAAACCACCACCAACUACGUGGACUUUUACUCCACCACCCGGAGACCCUCAUACAGGGCCGAGCAGUACCCGGGCUCACCGGACUCCUGGGUAUAGAGACACCCGGAGAGAAGCUCAGCUCAGACUGAUCCGCAGAAUGAAAACUAAAACAGACAAACAACCUUAUAACUGUGCGUUUGCUUUUAAGAGAAGAGGGAUUGUGAACGUGAGUGAUGGAAAAGUGAAAAGACAGAGGACCGAAUGUUUAUCCAAAGAAGGAAAAGAAGGAACGUGUGUUUUUAUACAUGGAAGCAGAACAGAAGUAGAAUCAUGGUGUGAGUAUGUUUGUGUGUAUGUGUGUAGGUAUGUGAGAAUGGAGGACCUGCUGUACGUUCUGCUCUGAUCGGUUUGAAUCAUUUGAUUAUUUUCUUAUGUGGGAAUGCUAGUGACGGCGGCUUGAGGAAGCGGUGGGUGAUAUGCAGAUAGGUUUGCGCCAGAGAAUCAGACAGGGAGAUGGUUAUGUACUUCAGCUGAAAGCGAUAAUGAACCUGUACCUGUAAAAAAAAAAAAAAGAAAAGAAAAGAAGAUAUAAUAAUGAAAUUAAUGAUAAAUAAUGAUCCAAUGACAUUAGUUUUACA